UCCAGUGAGCUGCAUUUGAAAGAACUCAGAGGAGCAUCCAGAUAGAUUUCAGCCGCAGCAGCACACAUUCAAGAAAGACAGAAACAGCUAUCACGAUUUUUCUUAGAUUUUAAGUAUUUUAGACUAGAGAAAAUCGUUGCACCUAAGAGUGAAGAAGAUGCAGCUCCAGUUUCUGGUUCUCCUGACUUUCAUGGUGGGAAAAGCGUUGUCUGGUCCCUUAACUUCAUAUGGAGUGCGGCGUCAGAACGUCAAAGUCCGUAUCAGCGCCACAGGAGACACCAUUGUGAUGAAGUUUUUGCAUCCCACCGCUGACACCAAACUUGAGGGAUACAUCCUGGGUUAUGGCAGGAGCAUGUUCCACAAGCAGUUCAUCCAGCUGCCUGACAAUGGACAGCCCUAUGAGACUGAGUUUGACGCUGAGCCAAAGUACCUCAUUGCUGUUCAGCCCAUACCUGCCAAUGAAGUGAAAAAGCAAUGUACAGGUAAAGUACAGCUGGAGAAGCCGCUGCACUUGGUCAUUGGAUCUGUGACUCCAACCUCAGUUCUUCUGUCGUGGGGGAUGCUGCUGAAAACCCCCUAUGAGGGCAACAUUAUGAACGACUGUCUCGAAGAUGGGCACUAUCUGGUUCGUUAUCGUGAGAGGAACAGGAAGUGGAACUACCAGACGUGCCCCACCAGCGACACCGUCAUUGAUAACCUGAAGCCAAACACGGUCUACGAGUUUGGCGUGCAGCCCAAUUCCAAGGACGGCAGCGGGGUCUGGAGCAAGUCGGUCACUCACAACGUCAGUGUGCCAAGUUUACAGGAAAGGGUCAUCACAAGGGUCAUUACAAGAACCGUCAACUCUAAGAAAUCUUUGACGCCCAGUCCAAAUUCCUUCUCAUUUUCUACACAACACGUUCUCCGAAACAGAAGCCGGAGUGGACCGCCUGUUUCUCAGAGCAUAGUUCCUUAUACAACUCUUGCUCCUGCCACAACUACUAAACAGGAAAUUCUGCAGACCCCCGGACUCAGAGUGCCUGCGGCCAACAAACAGCUUUUCGGUACAGGUGUCGUCAGGUCACCCAUCUCUGAAGUUCCUCGUUCUCCCACUAGCUCCUCAGGUUCUACAGCAGCAAGGAACAGCACACUGCCUCUCUCCAAGACUCCUCGUCUCGCUACUCAAGGUGUCCAAAAAUUCUCUUCCUCCAAGACAGCCGCCUCUUCUCAAUUGUCCACACUUGGUGCAGUCAAUGGGAUUUAUCAGAGGGGCAAUGCUCCCUCUAAAGCGGGGGUGCAAUCUGAACCAAAACCCGCCCUGCGUCCUUCAGUUCCCGGAAACAAGAGACCUAACCUGGUGGGGAAAGUGUCCGACCGCGAUAAACCCAUGGACCUGAAACGAGGAGACAAGGAGUCCUUCCUGAAGCCCAUCUCUCGGGUCAGAACCAAACCGAAGCAGGAGGAGAGGCAGCAGACGACCACAGCGGUGCCAGCAGUGAACAGCAGCCACUUUGACACCAACGAAAACACCUCCAUCUUCAGGCCCCUGCCUGCAUCGGACGUGGACAUCAUGGGCAGGAAGCGAUUUGUAGCUCCUCAUGUGAUAUACAAGACCGACAAGAAGCCGGAUGAGCCGUGCUCCAUCACCUCGUCCUUGUCCUACUUCCCUGACAACGAGGAAGGCGGUGACCAGAGCGUGUCCGGCCCCCCCAAAGCGCCACCGUCCAACCUCACGGUGAUGACUGUGGAGGGAUGCCCGUCCUUCGUCAUUCUUGACUGGGAGAAAUCUGACAAUGAAACCAGAGAGUAUGAAGUCGUAUCGACAACAACCGGACCAAACGGAAAGGAAGUGUCCAUACUGACGACAAACCAAACCCACACGGCUGUGGAGAAUCUUUCCCCAGCAACCAAUUAUGAAUUCAAAGUUACACCGAAGAAUGAGCUUGGAAGUGGGCCCUCCAGUGAUCCUGUCACUUUCAGCACCGAGUCAGCGGAUCCACGUGUGAGCGAGUACGCUUCAGGCAAAGAUGCCAUCUGGACUCAGUUUCCAUUUAAGUCGGAUGAAUACUCUGAGUGCAAUGGGAAGCAGUUUGUGAAGAGGACUUGGUACCGAAAGUUUGUUGGCAUCCAGCUUUGCAACUCUUUGAGAUAUAAAAUCUACCUGAGCAACUCGCUAACAGGAAAGUUUUACAACAUAGGAGACCAGACGGGGUUCGGAGAAGACCACUGUCAGUUCGUGGACUCCUUUUUGGAUGGAAAGACCGGAACUCAAAUGUUGGCUGACCAGCUACCAAGCAGACCAGGGUUCUUCAGAGCGCUAAGGCAAGAGCCUGUCACCUUUGGAGAGAUUGGAGGAAAGUCUCGCGUGACUUACGUUGGCUGGUAUGAGUGUGGCACGCCCAUACCUGGGAAGUGGUAAAACCCCACCAGGCUCCACGAUAAGGACUUUUUCUGCAGGCAGGAGGAAGAGAAGACGCCCAGUCGGGUCCAAAGACUGUCUUUCCUUUGUGUUACCAUGGAUACCAUUGAUGCCUCUGUCUGAACUCUCAGUUUUCCAUACAGGAAGUUUCAAAGGAUUAUUGGGGGUUAAAAGUCAACUUUUUACUACUUUUAUCAAAACAUUUCUCAAAAUCAGGGGGAAAAGACGGUUUUGAGUGAAGCGAAAGGCUCCGAAUCCCUUCAUCACAGAGAUGUUACUGGGCAGCUGGCUUCCAAAAAGUUCUGUUCCAAUCUUAUUUAUCAACGGGCCUUUUAGAGCUGUUUUUGUGUGCACUCCGAUACCAAAAGACAUGCAGAAUUGAUCUUCGGCUGGACCCAAAAGAUUCUUAGCAGUUUGCACAGUACUUAGUAUUAAACUUGUAUUCAUAUGUAAAUAGUGGGAAAUACAGUUUGUUUGGUUGUACUCAAAUGUUUGGAUAUGUGUCAGGUAACUUAGCGACAUUGUCGAUCUAUUGUAUAUCUAUUUUAAGAAAGGCAAACAAUAAAGGAAUUCAAAUACUUUUGUAUUGCAUUAUAGACAUGUUUGAAAUAAAGAACUGACUAAUG